GGUUACCUCUAUGUACGUCACAGUCAAUCUACAGAUGUACCACGAUGUCCCAACAAUCAAAAUCAAUUGUGGACUGGUUACAGUUUACUUUAUAUUGAAGGAAAUGAAAAAUCACACCAUCAAGAUUUAGGUUGGGCUGGUUCCUGUAUGCAGAGAUUCAGUACAAUGCCAUUCCUUUUCUGUAAUACCAAUGAAGUCUGUAAUUAUGCCAGCAGAAAUGAUCGUUCCUAUUGGUUAUCUACCAAUGCCCCCAUACCCAUGAUGCCUUUAGUAGAACGAGAAAUCCAGCCUUAUAUCAGUAGAUGUGUAGUCUGUGACGCUCCAACCAAUAUCAUCGCAGUACACAGUCAAACAUUGCAAAUACCAGAGUGUCCACAAAACUGGAGAUCAAUGUGGAUUGGUUACAGUUUUGCUAUGCAUACUGCAGCUGGACCUGGAGGUGGAGGACAAUCUCUCUCUAGUCCUGGUAGUUGUCUGGAAGAUUUCCGAGCCACACCAUUUAUAGAAUGUAAUGGUGCUCGUGGAACCUGUCAUUUCUUCGCAAACAAAUACAGUUUCUGGCUCACAACUAUAGAACAAGAUCAACAAUUUAGUACACCCCAGUCACAAACAUUAAAGGCUGGUAAUUUGAGAACUCGAGUUAGUCGUUGUCAAGUCUGUAUGAAAAAUGUGUGA